ACACUCUGUGGCCAUCCAGAAAGUGUGUCAGAGGACUGUGUUUGCUCCCAAAGUAGAUGACUGCUCACAUUCUGGUCUCUGUAUUACUGACUGCGAGAUACGAGAAAUUUUUAUUUCGUACAUCACCCCAAGCCAGGAUAAGGUUUUUCGAUUGUGGGAUAGAAUGCCGGCGAUCAUAAGUAAAAACUCCGAUUUGGAGUUUGACUCCUUACAACCGUGUUUCUAUCCGGAUGAGGACUUCUACUUCUGCGGUCCCGACUCUGCGCCACCGGGGGAGGACAUCUGGAAGAAAUUCGAGUUGCUGCCCACUCCGCCCCUCUCUCCAAGCCGCGCCGCGCUACCGGGAGAGCCGGCAACUGCCUCGCUGGAAGCAGACCCCCUUGGCUUCGGGUUAGGGGACCCACUGGACUGGGCAUCCGAGCUGCUGCUCCUGCCUGGGGACGAUAUAUGGGGAGCAUCCGACGAUCUGUUCGGCUCCGCUUUGGAUUCUAAUCCCAACAGCAUCAUCAUCCAGGACUGUAUGUGGAGUGGCUUUUCUGCCAGGGAAAAGCUGGAACGGGUGGUUACGGAGAAACUCGGCAAAGCUAUUUCCACGGCGACAGCAGGCAGCAGGAGUGUGUGCGUCAAGGCGCAGGAGGUGGUGAGCCGCAACUCGAUGUCAGAGUGUGUGGACCCCACAGUAGUGUUCCCUUUCCCGAUCAACAAGAAAAACAGCACCAGGGACUCAUCUGGGACCAUUAAAACAUCCACGGUGCACGGGAGCGCGCCUAGUGACUCUGACGAAGAAGAGGAAGACGAAGAAGAAGAAGAGGAGGAGGAAGAAGAAGAAGAAGAAGAAGAAGAAGAAGAUGAGGAGGAGAUUGAUGUAGUCACAGUAGAGAAGAGGCGCUCUACAAUCACCAAGGCAUCACCCAUGGCGUCAGGCACUGUCACCAUCUCUGUACACCCCAAAAGUCAAGAUGCAAAAGGAAUUGUCUCAGGGUCCGGUUCCGGUGUGGUGAGUCGAUUCGUCAGCCGGGCUCCUCAGGAGCUCAUCUUGAAGAGAAGUUCAGUCCACCAGCAGCAACAUAACUACGCAGCCCCCUCACCCUAUGCUUCAGACGAUGACCCAACCCCGCCUCCAAAGAAGCAAAAGAUGUCUGAUGCCCCGCGCCUUCCUUCCAGAACCAUCUCUUCAUCCUCCUCAUCUUCCUCCUCAUCCUGCAGUUCAGUCACCAGCACAUCAGGGGUGCGCAGCAAGCGCAGCUCCAGCGGGGACAGCAGCCCGAGAGGCAGCUCCGACUCAGAGGACAGCGAGCGCCGACGCAACCACAACAUCUUGGAGCGCCAGCGCCGCAACGACCUGCGAUCCAGCUUCCUGACGCUGCGCGACCACGUGCCGGAGCUGGCGCACAACGAGAAGGCGGCGAAGGUGCUCAUCCUUAAGAAGGCCACCGAAUAUGUGAACUCGCUAGAGACGGAAGAGAUGAGGCUCCAGCAAGAGAAAGAAAGGCUCCAGGUCCGGAGGCAACAGCUGAUGCGCAGGCUGGAGCACGCAAGGACUCGCUAACAGACAAGUGCUACAACACAAACACUCACAAUAUACCCUGGACGACCCCCCCCACCCCCACCCCUCUGCAUCAACUCAAGUCUGAUACACAAGAAGAUGCACACAGAGGCCUCCAUAUUUGUUGCACACGUGCACACACCAACACAACAUCUCAGAGGAUGUUUAUGUUCAGAUGUCAACACACACCUUGGAGGGGCGGGGUGCCGGGGGCGGGGGGAUGCUCGGACUUUCACUGCCGCCACUUUUUUUGCACAUUUGUUGACGUUAAGAAUGUUUAGGGUUUACUUUUUUUCAAUCCAGUCACAUUAAAGAAAGAUUAAAAACGCACACACACACACACACACACACACACACACAC